AUGGACUCGGCCAGCAACGACACGUACAUGACCUUCACCUGCACCUACAUCUCAUCCAACUUCGACCUGGUGGCGCUCUGUUUGGAGUAUAAGAAGCAUGGAGGGCGCACGACGGGUGAGGAUCUCGUGGAAGCCGUGAAAGCCAUGAUCGCCCGAAAUGGUCUGACGGGUCGUACCGUGGCAACCACGACGGAUUGCGAGCCGUUCAUGGUGAAGGCGGGUCGUCUCCUCGAGGAAAACGAGGGCGUUUCCCACCUGGGGUGCUUCUGCCACCGCUUCGAGUCGAUCACAUCUCAAGCAUUCGGCGGCCCGGGCGUGUCGAAGGCGCUGGCUCUUCCACGUGGCGUCGUGACGCGCUACACCAUGUCUAGCCAGGCCUCCAAUCGUUUGGAACAGAUGUGUGACAUCGUGCAAGUAGAGAGGAAGAAGGUCGUGCAGGAUGUCGAAACGAGGUGGUGGUCGACACCACGAGAAAUCGACAGCAUCCCUCCCUUACUUAACGAGAAGGACUGGGAAGUGCUUCAGCUGGUGGAGCCGCUAUUGCACCCGUUUAUGACGGCGCAGAAACACCUUGAGGCGUCCAAGGGCGUCACGGUGAGCUUGGUGACCGCGUACAUCGCCGACCUGCGGGACGAACUGGACGAAGCGAUCGAACGUCUCCAAGCCUACUCUUGUCCUGCGGAGUCGAUCGUGGCCGAGGCAAAAAAGGAUAUUCUUCGUUGCGCCCCAGCACUUCAGACCGACCUCAGUCGUCGUUGGCGUGACGGAACCGACGUGUUGGUGUACACGGAGGGUCCUCGCCGGCAGCCCCGCGGGUUCAAGAAGAAGCAAGUGCUUGCUACUGCUUUGGAUCCCCGGAGCAAAAGCCUGUAUGGGAUCGAGGAGACCGAGCACUCGGACGUGUGGGAGGCCGUUGCCAACGAGGCGGUCAAGGUGGCCAUCGAAGCCAAGGCUACGGAAGACACCCAGAGCGCCGGCGCAUCUUCUUCCCCUAUUCCGGUCGAACCCGCCGCUGCCGCCGCUUAUCAGCCUCGGCGUCGCCGUGGCUUCGCAACAGCUUCCGCGGCGCACGGGGCAAGCAGCAAAGUGCCAAUGCGAGCUCUUCGACUUCAAGGCAGCAGAUGGAGAGCAUCGUCAGCCGGGAAUUGGACGCUUUCAAGACAAUGCCUGGGUUAG